ACCUUUCCCAACGAGGCGCGAGCAAAGCCCCGGACACCGGAAGCUCCAAGAACGUUUGUUUGCUUUUUUGACCAAGUAUAAAACUCGCGUCGCCCAGGCAGCGGCUGAUAGUCUUCGCCUCAGGGGCCAGCGAGAACGUUUCCCGAUGACUCUCCGUCGAGCAACCGAGAUGUCGGGUCCGAGGAAGUUCCUGGUCGUGGGCGGCUGGACGCCACAAGCGGACUCGAGCGCAGAAAACACGAGAGACAGUUUCUCUUCGUUCCUGUCGUACGCUCGACAGAAUCUCCCUGUCGAAAUCGGCACGACUGUUCCUGACGGUCAUCAGGAGGAGGAAGCCUUCUGCAGGGACUGCCACUGCCACUGGGAAGUGGUGGGCAGAGCUUUGUCGGGCAGUUCUGAUUCUCAGCUGAAGGAAGCCAUUGUCGACGCUCAGCAGGCGGGCAGAAAGGUGAUCGUCCGUCUGUGCGAGACGUCGGAGGACCGCGAGGAGGGUCGCACGGACGACGUCCUGUUCGGCCAGAUGAAGUCCCUCGCCGCCAGCAUCAGCGACUGGUCGCGUGUGGUGAUCGCCUUCGAGGCUCUGUGGGCCAGCAAUACCGGCGUCCUGGCCACAGCUGCGCAGGUACAGGAGGCCUUGGCCAAGCUGCGACACUGGCUGCGCGCCAACGUGAGCGACAAGGUGGCCAACAGCACCAGAAUCCUGUACGCAGGUUCCGUUUCGUCGAGCAACUGUCGAGAGCUGGCUCAGCUGGAGGACCUGGACGGCUUCCUGGUGGGGAGCGCGGCCCUCACCCGACGUCGUUCCCGCGAUCACUUCGUCGCGAGAGUCUCGCUCGUCCCUGUGGGCGACGCACGAGGCCCUCAGGUCGACCGCUCAGCUGAUCCAGCAGCUUCGUCAGCGGGAAUGCGCGAGGAGAUUGGAGGCGAUGACGCGCAGUCCGAAACGAUACAUCUGAAAGGUUUUCACAGCUGCUUUGGGCAGAAUCCAAAAAUUAUAAGCACGACAAACCACCCUCCUGGCCAAGUAGAAAUUGACACGAUCUCUGAAGUUCCAACUUAUUACAACUUUAAAGAUAAACGGGUAGACUGUAUUGACGAUACUGAAGUUAUACGUUCACGAACAAAGGUCAUUGUCGAGGAAUUACGUAAUAUUAGUGGUUUUGUGUGUUGCAUUGGCUCCCAUGAGUCAAAAUGUAACUCCACGAAAACCCACGGAACUACCACAACCGUUCCAGAAACUGUUAAAAAGUCAGUGUGUUCCGACAGACCUGCGCUUACGAGAAACACCUUAUGGGCUUUCUUCCCAAGGCAUACGACCGGGAACUCCAGUCAUCAGUCAGAUUGGGCACCGCAGCAUAUAGGCCACGUUCACACGGUCGAAUCCGCUCCUUGA